AUGUCGUACAGAAGAGGAACAUCUCUUCGGCAGUCGUUUUCCCAGAUAUUAUGGAGGAUUUCGUCAAGCACAAUUCGACCUAGAAGACUGAAAGGGAAUUACCUUUUCCGAUCCAUUGUCAGACGCAUCCUAGACUACAUCGAAUGGUUAACUGAGGAGCCAAUCGUCGAUGAAAUCAGCGACGAUGUGGUAGUUAAUAUUCGAAUGGCCCAGCAAAAAAAGGUCGAAAAAAAAGGCCUGACCCGUGAGGAUCGUUCCAUGCUUUUAACGAGUCCAGGAAGCAGAACGUCGGUGGAAAGGACGUACAUAUACGAAUUAUUUAAAAAGUUCCAUGCAUUUCGAAAGUACCCAGAACAUCUAAAAAGAUCUGUAGCAGGGGUGUGUGUUUAUCAAUACUUGAAACCUGGCCGAGUGAUUGUGCGACAGGGUCACCAAGCAGAGAAUCUCUAUUUUAUUUUGAACGGAGAAGUCACCUUAUCCAGAGUUGUUACUGACCGCUGGACAGAUGAAUCAAAAGAAGUGGAUACGGGUACCUUGACCGCUGGCGACAUGUUCGGUGAAAUCGCGUUACUGCACACGAUACCAAGAAAUGCAACAGUGGUCACGAAGACCAUUGUGGAUUUACUGCUUAUCCCACGUGAAUACUUCGACAAAAUUCUGCGACGCCAUUUGUCAAAAGAGUGGGACGUUCUCCAAGAUGCAUUGGUCCACUUCAAUUACUUCAGAACCUGGGACAAAGUUACCGUGCGAGAAUGCUGCAUUUUGAGCAGAAUGAAAGAUUUUCGCCCAGGCGAGAUCUUACUAGGUGACGGCAAAGGAAUGGUUAACUACGUCCAUUUCUUGUUGGAAGGUGAAUGUCGACUGAUAGAACAUAUGAUCGUACGCGAGCAAUGUAUGCCUGAUGGACGCGUUCACUACGAAUUAUACGACCCCACGUCCACGGAGGAAACUUACACACCACCGACAGCAAAUAUAACUGAUGAAAUGCGGAGACAGAUGGAGGAAAACCACAUAGUCGAGUCGGACGAAGACCAGGAGGCCACGGCGGCCAUGGAAUUACUACGCCUUUCAGCACGAUCAAAGUUACUUGCCGAAAAAAUGGAUCUCGAUCGUUCUAGCAUCAUUACAACUACCCUUGUAGAUGUCGUGAACGAAUGGCACAAAGUUACGGACGUAGCGGAAAUGCUGAUGAGGGAACCGUCUUCCAUUUCCCAACAAUGUUAUCCAAAAGAUGUGCGUACGAUUUUCAUGCAAAUUUGUACGUUUCAAAGGGGCGCCUGUUUCGGAUUGGGUUCGUGCAUGCUUAAUCGGAGAAUAGUAGCCACGUCAAAUGUACGAUGUUUUUUGAUUCCUCGAUACUUCUUGCACGAACACAAUCGAGCCAACAUCUGGGAACACGUGAAGCUGUUCAUGAAUUCAAAGUAUCCAACCAGAGAAGAAUUGUUCAAGAAAUUCGUCAGAAAUCGAAGGUGGAGAAAAUACAAAAAAAAUUUGGUCGAUGCGAUUCGUAAGGAAGGUCGACAAAUUCGUAGCAACGUGACAAUACACGAUGUUCCCUACUCGAUUAGAAUCAACGAUGACGUUGGAGUUUGAAAAAUAUUAAUUACAGAACCACUCGAUGUUUAAACAACGCUAAAAGCGAAAUUCUUUUAGA